AUGGAUGCCUUUUUAGCCUACGACGGUCGCCUGGUGGCCCUGACCACGGAGACGCUGUCGGCGGCCGACCUGCCCCGCGUCGUCUCUCUGUCCGAGGUCGCCCCUGACGACCUACAGCGCCGCCUCCGGGGCGCCUUCUGGCAGCAGGACGUGCCCGUGCUGACCAGCCCACCCCGCUUCCCGCCCGCCACCCGGCUCACUGUGCUGCUGGCCGGCUCGCUGGGCCAUCCGGCGCUCGAGGCGGUGCUGCGCGAAAACGAGCGGGCGAUGCUCGUUAGCUGCGCCAACGACUCGUGCGCACGCCUGGCGGCCACCUCACCAGGCCGGGGCGGCGUGCGGCUGGUGCCCUGGACGCCAGGGACGCCACCGCCCGACUGGAAGCUCAGGCAGCUGGGCGGCCGCACCCUGCGCGUCCUGGCUCCCCUGAGGAAGAAGCUGGUUGGCCACUGCACCUCCCCCGUCAUAGCAGCCUACAUCGCCCCCGACAACCGGACGCAGCUAUGUGGCUACCUUGGACAGACUCUGAACAUGCUCGCCGACAAUCUAAAUUUCAAGCCGCGGCUGAUAAGGAAAUCUGGCUGUGGCAGAUUACAGCUGGACGGCUCGCUGAACGGCCGGCCCUCCUGGCUGAUCACCGGCCGCGGCGACCUCGGCGCCGGCACCUGCACCGUCGACGUCAAACGGAGCUCAGCCGUCUACAUGGGCGAGUGGUUCUGGAGCGACACCACCUCCAUCGGCACCGCCCAACCGGACCACUGGCACUCGGACUUCCUCGUGUUCGGCGUUUUCACGCCGGAGGUGUGGGGGCUUUCGGCGCUGUACGUGCUGCUGUACGCGGCUAUUCUGCGGGUAGCCGAGUUGGCGGGCGGCGCGGGACGCAGUCGCCCGCCCGGGUGCCGCUCGGUCGGUCGCUCUGCCCGCGCCGCCCGCGCCGACCGGCAGCGCGUGCCCUCCGUCACAGCCUACGUACAGCAGUCGCUCCGCAUGUUCCUCGGACAGGGCGACGACGUGACCAGCGCGCAGCCGGCCACCAGGCUGCUCAUGAUGUUCAUCUACAUGAGCACGGUAACGCUGAUGUCGAUCUACGCGGGCAACCUGACAGCGUUCCUCUCGAUCGGCCGCUACUCGGCGGCCAUCGAGACGCUGGAGGAGCUGGCGGCGUCGCCUAUCGAGCCCCACGUCACCUUCGGCCAGAGCCACUACUACAUCUUCGAGAACGCCACCAGCGGGGCGCGCGGCCGCAUCUGGCGCAAGAUGCAGGCGUGCGAUGGCUGCGUACACGCUCACUUCCGCACCACCGAAACUCCCGAGUUCGUGGCGGCCCUGGUGCGCGGCGGGCGCUCGCUCUUCCAGAGCCAGCGCGCACUGCUGAUGAGGGCCGACAAUCACCUGGCGCGCACUGGGCAGCCGUCGGCGGCGCUCUGCCCGAUCCGGAUCGCGCGGCAGGCGCUGCGCCGCGACUUCUACAGCCUCAUGUUCCCGCACCACAGCCAGUACAGCGAGCUGUUCGACAGGGCUAUCCGGCGCCUGCGCUACCAGGGCGUCAUCCAGCGCAUCUUCGGCCAGGUGGCUGCCAACCGCUGCACGCGCUCGGCACCCCUGAGCCACGGCGUCGCUCCGCUGGACCUCCACCGGCUGGUGGGCGCCUUCUACGUCUGGCUGGCCGGCAUGGGCGCCGCUCUGUUGGUUCUGGUGACCGAGUGCUGCUUGGGCUGCAGGAGAACAUGUCACAUAUAG